AUGUUUUCAUCUCGUAUCGAAUCAUGUUUAAAAUCCUUCCUAAAUUAUGUGUUAUCAUUCAGCACACAAUUGCUAGUGAAAUUAAAGCAAAAGAAAUUAUCACACCUACUAGUAUCACAUAAAAAUAAAUAUGUAAAUAGCAAAGUGUAUAUAGUGAUAUAUUUAUUAUUAAGUGUGAUUAGUAUAAGCAAUUGUGCUGCCAAUGCACUAGUGGAUUCUUCAUCACUAACAACUGAUGGAUACAAUUUAGAAGAGUUAGAAGCGGUAUUUAUUAAAGUCGCACAUCACGCUUCAACGACAACAACAAAACGGAGUAUCAUAGAUAAUGUUUAUGUGCCGAGUAUAACUACCGUGCCUACACCCUCGUUAACAACUUUUCGAUAUUAUGAGAAAGACAGUCAAAUUAAUGAUCAACAUCAACAACAAAUCAAAUCUCAUCACAACAAAUACGAGUUUGAUCUUGAACGGGAUCAUGCUUUGCCUACAUCAGCUCCUAAUGCUGAUAUCCUGAAGAGUAACAACAAUCCAACCUAUCCCAAUCCGAAUCGACAUCACAAUCAUAAUCAUCGACAUCAAAAUGCCACGCCGAGUCCUCAAGGCCACAACAAAAAAUAUCCAACAUUCCCAAUGCAUUCUGGAAAUAUGCCAUCGUAUUCUCCGCCUACGCGGUCUUUCUUCACACCUCCAUUACCAAGAGAAUACAAUAAUCCAUUUGCUGAUAAGCCAACUUUACGCGGGACCAACAGCGAAGUUGGUAUUAUGGAUACAGGGAACCCCAUGAGUCGACGUCCCAUACCGCCUCCAAGUAUAACACCAGGUCAUGAACGCGUACCAUUGAGGCCUGAUCUCUCUGAAAACCGGCCAGUUUCAAUAAGCACUUCGCAAACAUUAAAUACAGAUCUUCAGCAAAGUAAUCAACCAAAAAAGGUUUUGAAUACGCCGUCGCACAAAGUUAAUAAGGUGGAUUUAGGACAUCCUUAUGAUACAAGCAACGGUAAUCGUGCUUUGCUGAACUCUGAAAAUCCAUCAGACGUGUCGAAAAUAAUUCCAAGCAUUUCACGAAUCUUGUCAGGUUCGAAUGGGAGACAAGAAGACAUUCCUGACGUUCUUUUAAGAACGAAAGAAGGCGAAACCAUUUAUUCGACUGAAAACAUUCAAAAUUUAGCAAAUGUUAAUCAUGAUCGUACGCUGUUCACAUCCACAAUUCAACCAGUACAGAAUCCGAUCAAUCAAAACCCAAUUUAUGAUAUCAACACGAAUAGCAAAUUCAAUGCAGAACAAAGUGAAGUGCAAACAUGGACAAUUGCAUGGAACAUUCAUGUUUAUCUCUCUGCUAUUCUGUUUACUAUCUUAGCAGUUUAUUCAAUUUUUAAAAUGAUGUUCUAUGAUAAACUUACGCAUCUAUUCAACCAAUCGUACUUCAUAUGCAUUCAUUUGUUCCUGAUUAUCAUCUGUUUAGCACGCAUUUUCUAUUUAUGUUACGACGCAUACAACAUUCAUCUCAGCUUUGAUCCGUUUGUCUCAGAAGUGCUACUAAAUCUGCCAGCAACAUUUUUGACUGUUGCAUUCGCAACAUUAAUUCUUUUCUUACUGAUCCGAAGUUUGAAUCAUAAGAAUAAUCGAUACUCACCACUCAUGCGUCCAUUAACAGUGUUAGUCGCUUGCAGUGUUCAUGUUGGUCUCUGCAUAACACUUCACUACGUUGAAAGUAUUGCCAGCAAGAACUUCAGCUAUACUUUGAGUCAGCAAGCAGCAAAUGGUUUUGCUUCUUCAAAUAAAUAUUACAACAACAUAAUUCGGGGACAUUCUGGCCCACCACGACUGCUGUCACUCAUCUGUCAAAUAAUCUAUAUAUUUGUAUGUCUCAGCUUGGGAAUAUUUUAUCUUUACAUUUACCGCAUUCUGAAACGUGUAUUACGCAACAAAUCACAAAAUUACAUUCACGGGUACCAAAAUCUUUCGUAUGCCAUUCACAUAACUAUUGCUAUUGCUUUGCUUUUCGUAUCACUUGCUGCACUUCAAAUUUACGGUGCAAUCAGCGUUUCAUCGACAAAAUCAUUAACAACAUAUUCGAUUGACAUAAACUGGCCCCAGUGGGGCUACCAAUUUUCACUUCGACUAAUAGAGGUCACAAUAAUUGCCUUGUUGUCGUGGGUGACGGGACUUAAGACUGGAGCUUCAGACAUGCAGCUGAAUGCUAUAAAUAUGGAUAAUGGCAUCGUUCCUCCCCAUGGUGCACGCGGUGGUCUUGACUUCCAAUUGGUCAAUCCUAAUGGAUUUAGUCGUACAUAUGAAACAAACAGCUUCCGAUCUAUCGGCGG